CCUCCGUUAUGGCGGAAGGGCCAGUCGUGCGAAUGGACCGUCUCUCCCACUCGGAUGCUUGUUUUGUGUCUUGAGGGGAGGGGGGUUUUAUUUUAGUUUUUUUUCACCGUUUCCUCGCAGCAGCAGGCCGGUUUCUCCGCAGCCGCAGCGAGCCCGCGUGUGUCGGCUGAGCCAUGGCGGACCGCGGCGUGGAUCUGUCCGCCCUGCCGAAGGAGGUUAGGGACCAGUUGGCGGAGCUGGACCUGGAGCUGUCUGAAGGUGACAUCACACAGAAGGGCUAUGAGAAGAAGAGAGCAAAGCUUCUGUCCUCCUACAUUCACCAUUUGCCAAAUGUGGAUCUUUCUCUGCCAGAUGUGCAGCUCUCCCCAAGCCACAGUGCCGACCCCAGUCCGAGUCCUGAAGCCCCGGGCCCCUCCACCUCUUCGGCCUCUAGACACCACCGUGCCCACCGUAGUGGCGGGGCUAGGGAUGACCGCUAUCGAUCAGAUAUCCACACAGAAGCUGUGCAGGCAGCUCUAGCUAAACACAAAGAAGAGAAGAUGGCACUGCCCAUGCCAACAAAGAGACGCUCAGCUUUUGUCCAGUCUCCCAUAGAAAACUGCACGCCUCCAGACACAUCCUCUGCAUCAGAGGAUGAAGGCUCACUGCGGAGAAAAGCAGCUCUAAGUGCAAUGCUUGCCCAGACCCUCCAGAGCCCUGAUUACUGGAUUAGUCGCUCCGUCCAAAGUUCUUCCACGUCCUCAUCAGCAUCGUCCACCCUCUCCCAUGGAGAGCCCAAGACCCAACCACAGCCCCAGCUCCAGCCUGCUGCUUCUGUGUUAGCCGACGUGCUGGCUCACACGCGCAUAGAAAACAGCAUCCCCCCAGAUGUGACAUCUUCCACUCCACAGGAGAGAGGAUCCAGAGUGGACCUUCCUCCAGCCGUCAGAGGGAUGAGCCGAGGACAGAGUCGUUCCAGCAUGCUGGAUACUGCUGACGGCGUGCCUGUCAGCAGCAGGGUGUCCACGAAGAUCCAGCAGCUGUUGAACACACUCAAGAGGCCUAAAAGACCACCGCUCAGCGAAUUCUUUCUCGAUGACUCUGAGGAAAUCGUAGAAGUUCCGCGGCCAGACCCCAACACCCCAAAACCUGAGGGACGGCAGAUCAUCCCGGUGAAGGGGGAGCCGCUUGGAGUGGUCAGUAACUGGCCUCCUGCUCUGCAGGCUGCUCUGGCCCGCUGGGGGGCCACCCAGGCCAAGAGCCCUGCCCUCACGGUCCUGGACAUCACUGGCAAACCCCUCUACACUCUCACAUACGGCAAACUGUGGAGUCGCAGUUUGAAGCUGGCCUAUACGCUGUUGAACAAAUUGGGCACUAAAACUGAGCCAGUUCUGCAACCUGGAGAUCGGGUGGCAUUGGUGUAUCCAAACAGUGACCCUGGCAUGUUCUGGGUGGCGUUCUAUGGAUGUCUCUUAGCUGAAGUCAUUCCUGUGCCCAUUGAGGUGCCGCUGUCACGGCAGGAUGCAGGCAGCCAGCAGAUUGGCUUCCUGUUGGGCAGCUGUGGUGUGAGUUUGGCGCUGACCAGCGAGGUGUGCCUUAAAGGUCUGCCAAAAACGCCAAACGGAGAGAUCGUCCAGUUUAAAGGAUGGCCAAGGAUGAAAUGGGUGGUGACUGACACCAAAUACCUGACUAAACCAUCCAAAGACUGGCAGCCUCACAUCCCGACUGCCAACACAGACACCGCCUACAUAGAGUACAAAACGAGUAAGGAGGGAACAGUGAUGGGAGUUGCUGUGUCCAAGAUCUCCAUGCUGACCCACUGUCAAGCCCUGACUCAAGCCUGUAACUAUUGUGAAGGGGAGACGCUGGUUAAUGUAUUGGACUGCAAGAGGGACAUGGGUUUGUGGCAUGGUGUCUUAACGAGUGUCAUGAACAGAAUCCACACCAUCACUGUGCCGUAUGCUGUCAUGAAAGCCUGUCCCAUGUCGUGGGUGCAGAGAGUUCAUUUUCACAAAGCACGUGUGGCCUUGGUUAAGUGCCGUGACCUCCACUGGGCCAUGAUGGCCCACAAGGAUCAGAAGGACACCAGCCUGUCCUCGAUACGUAUGCUUAUCGUGGCUGAUGGAGCCAACCCCUGGUCUGUAUCGUCAUGUGAUGCCUUCCUGAAUGUGUUCCAGUCUCACGGUCUGAAGCCGGAGGUCAUUUGUCCGUGUGCCACCUCUCCUGAAGCUCUGACUGUUGCCAUACGCAGGCCGGGUGCACGGGGGGCUCCACUACCAGCCAGGGCCAUCCUGUCCAUGGGCGGGCUGAGCCACGGGGUGAUUCGGGUCAACACCGAAGACAAGAACUCUGCUCUCACUGUUCAGGAUGUGGGCCACAUUAUGCCUGGAGCUCUGAUGUGCAUCGUCAAGCCAGACGGGCCUCCGCAGCUGUGCAAGACAGAUGAGAUUGGAGAGAUUGUGAUCAACUCUCGGGCCGGAGGCACCAUGUACUACGGCCUUCCUGGUGUCACCAAGAACACGUUUGAGGUGAUUCCUGUCAACCAGGCUGGAACACCCAUUGGAGAAAUUCCCUUCUCUCGGACUGGUUUGCUUGGAUUUGUGGGACCGGGAAGUCUUGUGUUUGUUGUGGGGAAGAUCGAGGGGCUCCUGAUGGUGAGCGGGCGACGCCAUAAUGCUGACGACCUGGUGGCCACGGCGCUAGCAGUGGAGCCUGUCAAAACCGUUUACAGGGGGAGGAUCGCUGUGUUCUCAGUGACCGUGUUUUAUGACGAGAGGAUAGUGAUAGUGGCAGAGCAGAGGCCUGAUGCCAGCGAAGAAGACAGCUUCCAGUGGAUGAGUCGAGUCCUACAGGCCAUCGACAGUAUCCAUCAGGUGGGCCUUUACUGCCUUGCUCUUGUCCCAGCCAACACUCUCCCAAAGACGCCGCUGGGAGGAAUCCAUAUCUAUGAAACCAAGCAGAGCUUUUUGGAUGGAAAUCUGCACCCCUGCAAUAUCCUCCUGUGCCCACACACUUGUGUCACAAACAUGCCCAAGCCCCGUCAGAAGCUUCCAGUGGACGUUGGUCCAGCUUCUAUGCUGGUCGGGAACUUGGUGGCAGGAAAGCGGAUCGCUCAGGCCAUGGGCAGAGAGCUGGCUGUGGUGGAGGACCAGGAUCUCAUUCGAAAGCACCAGUUUUUGUCUGAAGCUCUGCAAUGGAGAGCCCAAACUGACCCCGACCAUGUUUUGUAUGUGCUGCUCAAUGCUAAGGGGGUAGCAGUAUGCACAGCCACAUGUGCACAGCUGCACAAGAGAGCAGAGAAAAUAACUGCUACCCUGAUGGAAAGAGGAGGCCUCAACACAGGAGACAAUGUGGUGCUGCUUUAUCCCCCAGGUAUUGACCUGAUAGCUGCCUUCUAUGGGUGCCUCUACGCAGGGGUCAUCCCUGUGACGGUGAGGCCGCCCCACCCGCAGAAUCUGGCUGCUACUCUCCCUACUGUCCGAAUGAUCAUUGAUGUGAGCAAAGCAGCCUGCAUUCUCACGACUCAACCACUCAUGAGGAUCCUCAGGUCCAGGGAGGCUGCUGCCAGCGUCAAUGUCAAGACCUGGCCAACGAUCAUCGAUACAGAUGACCUCCCCAGGAAACGGCCUCCACACAUCUAUAAACCACCUACAGCAGAAAUGCUGGCUUAUCUGGACUUCAGUGUGUCCACAACAGGCAUGUUGACUGGAGUCAAGAUGUCUCAUGCUGCUGUCAGCAAUCUUUGCCGGUCGAUUAAGCUGCAGUGCGAGUUAUACUCCUCACGCCAAAUAGCCAUCUGCUUGGAUCCGUACUGUGGCCUGGGCUUCGUUUUGUGGUGCCUCUCCAGUGUUUACUCAGGUCACCAGUCCAUCCUUAUUCCUCCCCUUGAGCUGGAGAGUUCGCUGCCUCUGUGGUUGAGCACGCUCAGUCAAUACAAGAUCAGAGACACUUUCUGCUCCUAUUCUGUCAUGGAGCUCUGCACCAAAGGCCUGGGCACCCAGACAGAGAUGCUGAAGGCUCGGGGUGUGAAUCUGUCAUGCGUACGCAGCUGUGUGGUGAUAGCGGAGGAGAGGCCUCGCCUCGCUCUCACGCAGUCCUUCUCCAAGCUCUUCAAAGACCUUGGCCUGUCGUUGCGAGCUGUCAGCACUGCCUUUGGCUCCAGGGUCAACCUGGCCAUCUGCCUGCAGGGCACCGCUGGACCAGACCCGUCCACUGUUUAUGUGGACAUGAAGUCCUUGCGUCAUGACAGGGUGAGGCUAGUGGAAAGAGGAGCGCCACAAAGUCUUCCACUCAUGGAGUCGGGCACAAUUCUGCCAGGAGUCAGGGUCAUCAUAGUCAAUCCAGAGACCAAAGGUCCACUGGGAGACUCGCAUCUUGGAGAGAUCUGGGUGAGCUCCCCUCACAGCGCCAGUGGCUACUACACCAUCUAUGGUGAAGAGAGCCUGCAGGCCGAUCACUUCAACACCAAGCUCAGCUUUGGAGACCCCCAAACUCUGUGGGCCCGGACAGGCUACCUGGGCUUCAUUAAGAGGACCGAGCUGCUGGAUGCAAGUGGAGAUCGCCAUGAUGCCUUGUUUGUGGUGGGGUCUCUGGAUGAAACGUUGGAGUUGAGGGGUUUGCGUUAUCACCCCAUCGACAUCGAGACGUCUGUGUCCCGAGCCCAUCGCAGCAUUGCAGAGAGCGCCGUGUUCACGUGGACCAACCUGCUGGUGGUGGUGGCGGAGCUCAGCGGCUCGGAGCAGGAGGCCUUGGACCUGGUGCCGCUCGUCACCAACGUGGUCCUGGAGGAGCACCACCUCAUCGUGGGGGUGGUGGUCAUCGUGGACCCUGGGGUGAUCCCCAUCAACUCCAGGGGGGAGAAGCAGAGGAUGCACCUGCGAGACUCCUUCCUGGCCGACCAACUAGACCCCAUCUACGUGGCCUACAACAUGUGAACAACUUUCAAAUCAAACUGAUGCAGAAAACUGAGCCAGGCUCUGAGAAAACACAUGAGGGACAAGGACUUGGGGUGUUAAUAGUAGCAACCCAAAUGUUAAGCCUCAGACACUCAUUCAAAAGACCAAACGGUGUGGGAAGGUGAGGACAGUGCAAGUACUGUAACGACGAAUGCUUCCCUCUCGGAAACCGUUCCUUCUUUGCUUCCAUCUGCUCAAUCGCUGCACUCCACAACCACUGAGAUUUACAAGAACGGAAAUGCCAUUUCCUCUCCUCUGGAGAGCAAACACAUUUGUCAUCUGGAAGAAAUCUGAUCUUCUGUAUCCCACGUCUGCUUCAGCGAUCCAGUUCAAGUUUUUAAGACAUUUUUAAUUGCAUACUUUCCUCAAAGAAAGAAGUCUCCUCUCUUUUUUUAUUCUUUCUUUAUCUGACAUCUUCGUGCGCUUGUGUUUUUGUAUUCCCUCUACUUGCGAAGGCAGGAUGGAUGGAGUUUAUUUCCUCCCUUGCACUUUUACCCCCGUCUGCUGCUUUUACACGAGCAAAUCCACAUCAGUAUUAAAAAAGUGCCACCAGCGAGUCCAGUCCAUCACAGCACUCCUGACUUACUAUCUUCCCACCAGGUGCACAGCGGCUCUCACCUCCAGUUGCAUACUGUAAUUGCCAGAAGACUUAACAUCUCCAUCCACACAUUGCAGAAUACCCCAAAAAAAAUACACUUGAACCCCCUUUGGUGCAGUCUGAAAAACAAAGAGAAGCCUCAUACACAUGUAAACUGGAUAAUAAAGGUAAACAGAUUCCUCAUUUUCGCCGCAAGUAAGACUUGCUGAGCUAGAUAGAUCAUAUGAUUGUGAUAGUACUUUUUUUUUAGAAGAAUCAGUUUUCAGAAAAGGAUUUGCAGCUGUAACCUGGCGUUUAGGUUUGCAUGCUUAAUGGGAGUGAGGUUGAUGUCUCCUUGCAAGCUACUUAAAGGAAAAGAAAGCUCCAGCAAGCAGAGGAGUCUGGCAGCAGUGUGAUUGGUUGGGUCUGAAUAUUCCUGUAGAGCUUAGACCCAAUUUCUGACUCUCAGGCAUCAUAGAUGAGAAAUAAAUAUGCCUUUUUGUUCACAUUUAGUGUCAUUAUGAAUGUGCUUCUUGAUUUCUUGAAGAUAUUUUUUAACCAUUUGGGUGAACUUUAACAUGCUGUUUACACAUGGAUAUUAACAUUCAGCUGCCUUGUGAUCCGAUUAAAAAUGGGCUCUUUUAAAUACUCACCUGGAUUAUAGUGAGCGCAUGCAUUAUAUGAACAUAUAUAUGGACAUAAACGCAGCUGGACUUCAGCAAGUCUGCUGAUGGGUUGCAUAUGUUAAUCUAAUAUGUAACUGUGAAUUUAACUUACUAAUAUCAUUUCCGUUGGCUCUGUAGAGUAAAAACACCUCACACACUGGUCCACCAGACAGAGGAAGGAUACCAGUGGAAACCCGGUCCCUCAACAGGACGUUAGUCCAUCGGUUUGAACCAGAGUAGGUUUGCUUUCACACUGCUGAAAGUGCGUGGCCAUAUUUGCUCCGGCCCACCUCCAAUUACAUCCAAAGAUCCAGUCGGAUCUCAGUGGGUCCGUUGCAUCCAGUGUGCAUUCACACCUGGACUUAAAUCCGGCCAAUUGUGAUCGGAUCAUUGAAGAUGCAUGUUAAUGGCAAGUGUCAAGAUGACCAAAGAAAAACCUCUUCAGCUCCACCUUAAAUGGUGUGCAUGUAUACCUGGACUCUUAAACAGAAAUAGUAUGCUAUUUUAUGUUAAGAUACAACAUUUUGGAAUGAAGCAGUUGUAAAAACCAGUUUAGAUUGAUAUUAGAAAAACUUCUGUCUCAGUCAUCCCAGAUCGGCUUGGUGUCGGAGUGUUUGGGCUCUGUUUGGCAAAAACGAGAAUUCCCAGCAGGAUAUAACGUUGUAUGUAGAUUAUAAGUGGUAGCACUUCAUCCUUUAGUUUGUUUUCAUAUGGUUCAUUGUAAAGUUUAGUUAUCUUGGGAAAGAUAACAGAAAGAUAGAUAUAUUUCUCAACUCUGUGGAAAACAGUCUAAAAGCAUGUAUUGUUUUUCAUCCAAAUGGUUAAGAGUAUUUAAUAGUUCUCAAGAUAUUUUCAAAUCAGCGGUUUGUGUCUGUGUCCUUGAAAAACUCUGGAUUUUCAAAAGAUGACUGGGUUAAUAUUCUGCAAAUACGAUUUGAUCGGACCUCAGUGGUUACUUAUGAGAGGCACAAGUUGAUGUUGGCACAGCUGACAGAUUUAAUGCUGAUAGUUUAUUCCUGACUUUGGAAAUGGCAUUUAAAGAAAGAAAAAACAUUUUUGCUAAAAAGUGGAAACCUGUGAAUAUCCCGCAACGCAAAAGCAAGUGGACUUUCGAGUUAAUUUGUUUGGUGCAUGUGGGCUUUGCUGUUUCUUGGUUUGGACUGAGAUUCUGAAAUGAGGCGCUAGCUUUCCGUUUGUGUGUCGUUUUUAUAACCUGACAUUGAACAACUUUUUUUUUUUUAAUGUCACAGUUUGAUUAGAUAACUGUAGAUCAUCUGAAGGCAGGUCGGUGCCUUUCACCUUAGAGACAUUUAUAGUUAAGAACUAUUGAAUUAAAAGUAAACAUACGAGUGAGGAGAGAACUUUGCCUUAUUACCUGUGGAACUUCUUGACUUUUAUUGUGUUUUCAAAGAACAGCUCCACUAAGCCUGUGUGAGAAAUAAGACAGUUUAUAGCUCAAAAUAUACUCACAUCUUAUAGUUUUUAGAAAAGGGGGUGUCUUCUAUUUUUUAAGUUCAUUGUCAUCUAGUUUUGAUUUGAACAUUAUCAAUAUUGAAGCCGAUUCUUUCCGGAUGUCUGUAACACUGAAAACGAGAUGAUAAAUUUGGAACAACAUGUUAGAAACAUGUGAAUUACAAAUAAAAAAAAAUACACUUUAAGAGAGAAAGUAAAAUAACAAGCGUAAAAAUGUCUGUAUACUGUAUUUUACAGGUCAAAUACUGUAUCGCUGGUGUUACUGUGUAAAUGGAGAUGGACUCUAAAGGAAAAGAAAAAACUAAAAACUUGACUGAUCUUUCAUACUUGACAGCAUUUUUUGUUAAUUUCAUUGCAUUUCUUUGCAAAAGACGUGGAACAGUUUUAUUUUGGCAGAAACAAUGUGCACUUUCUCAAAAUCAUCCUGUGUGUGUGUGUGUACAUGUGUGUGUGUGAGUGAGUCCAUAAGGGAGUAUAUGCAAGCGUGUAUGUGUUCAGUUAAACAGUGAAAUUUGGCUUUUAUGGUGCAGCAAGGUUUGUCUUUUGUAAGAAAUUAAUCCCAGAAUAUUGAACUUUUUUUUCUUAAGUAAUACCUUUUUUUUUUUUUCUUUUUUUUUGGGUAUGUCGCUUCCACUGUAUUUUUGGGAUUUAAUAUAUUUUAUAGGGGUUUCAUCAAUAUUUUCUGAUGUGAUUUGCAUUUGAGACUGCACGACUGCUGGUUUGAUUUAGAAGCAGCUUGACACGGUGCAACACACGGAUAGUUCGCCUCACAGCCAGUGACAGACGCUUAGGAAAUGUAUGUGAGCCAGUAAGUAAAAAACAAAACAAAAAAACCCAACUCAUUAGUAACUGUGUGAUAACUGCUUUGUCACUUCUGUUUCACUCUGGCAAGUUUUAUUACAUUUUUUUAAAUUUUUAAUUCAUUUCGGCCUUCAAGCCUUUUCAAUAGACACUGGUGCUAUUCAAUGAGGGGCCGCUGACAAAUUCUUGUCCUUCACUGGGCAUUACAAAAAGAUUUUUCUUGUUGGAUGCCCUUUUUUUUUUUUUUAAUUAAAUCAUCUAAUCAAAAUUAGUUUAUCAUUACACUUUCUACCAGCUCUGAGAUCUAUUUAAAAAGUCUCAGUGGGCAACUCGACACAGAUGAUGCAACCUGACAUGUUCUUUUUCACCAUCUGAUUUAUUUAUUUGUCUUUCUUUUGUGCUGUGAGAGACAUUUCAAACCUCUAAAGUUAUUCUAAGCACAAAAUAUAACUGUACAUGUGAGGUAAUGAAAUUACGAUCUUUCACACACACAUAAAUACAAAUAAAUAAACAAUAAAAGGAAAAAAAAAAAAAACUCAAGGGCCCACACUGUUUACCUCAACAACUGUCUGUUCACUAUGCAUUGUUGAGCUGCAGCAAAGUCAUUCUGGACUAGCCAAUGGUGCGAUAACUUUUAACAUGUCUUACUUGACAAAAAUACUGUCACACUGUCAUGUCAAAUGUGUUUCAUGUCAAAUAAAUAAAAAUGCUUUGUCAAA